GGGGUGAAAUCUGUGUGUGGCAGCUCAAACGAUCGGUGGAGCUGAGGAAAGAGAUGGGCAGGAGACGGUGAGUGGUUGUCGGCCGCCGGCUCCCUGAGGAGGAGGGAGGAGGGGGUUUCCUCUCUCGGGCGAAGUGAGCGGCGACGCGCUGAAACUUGCCCGAUGAAUUUCUACCUGUUCAACGAGAGGAGCUGCCGCCAGUCCGCCGCCCCGGCAUGGAGCGUCGCCCGUGAGAGGAUGAGCCACAAAGGCAGCCCGGUGAAGGCUUACGACUUUCUGCUGAAAUUUCUGCUGGUGGGUGACAGCGAUGUGGGGAAGGGAGAGAUCCUGGCCAGCCUGCAGGAUGGAGCCAGCGAGUCACCCUAUGGUUACAACAUGGGUAUUGAUUACAAGACGACAACAAUUCUGUUAGAUGGGCGUCGGGUGAAAUUACAACUCUGGGAUACAUCUGGCCAGGGCAGGUUCUGCACCAUCUUCCGUUCCUACUCUCGAGGAGCCCAGGGUGUGAUCUUGGUCUACGACAUUACAAAUCGCUGGUCAUUUGAUGGUAUUGACAGGUGGAUCAAGGAGAUAGAUGAGCAUGCCCCCGGUGUGCCUAAGAUCCUGGUUGGGAAUCGUCUUCACUUGGCCUUUAAGCGGCAGGUGUCAACAGAACAAGCUCAGGCUUACGCUGAACGGCAAGGCAUGACGUUCUUUGAAGUUAGCCCUUUGUGCAAUUUUAACAUCAUUGAGUCAUUCACAGAACUGGCAAGGAUUGUGCUCAUGCGGCAUGGAAUGGACAGACUCUGGAGGCCAAACCGAGUGCUGAGCCUACAGGAUCUCUGUUGCCGAGCCAUUGUUUCAUGCACACCUGUACAUCUAGUGGACAAACUGCCCCUUCCUGUUACCUUAAAGAGUCACCUUAAGUCUUUUUCAAUGGCCAAUGGACUGAAUGCCAGGAUGAUGCAUGGACGUUCCUACUCUCUCACUGCUAAUGGUAGCAAACAAAACAGUCUGAAGAAAUCCAAGAUCAUUCGUCCUUCCCAAAGUCCAACACAGAGCUGCAGUCGAAACAGCUGCAAAAUCUCUUAGCUGAAUCUAAACAUGAGAAAGGAAAGUGAAAUCUGAUCACUACAUAUGCAGCCAUGACAAGCCGUUGUUUCAGCUGUUCCAGUGAGAGAACUUCUUCGACAAUGAUAUUUGCAAAGGGCCCAUAAACUGUAGGUUCAAAGUUUGCACAAAGGAAUGAGAAAUUAUGCUGCUAAUUUAAACAGUGAUUGUGAAAGGCAUGAUGGGGAUCUCAGUUUCCCUGUUGAGUGUUUCAACUGAGGCAAGGGCAAGAGUUUGUUUCAUGAUAGCUCUGUCAAAACUAUGUCCAUUUUUGUGUGAGCCAGACAACGGUGUUGUCUCUGAUUGUUUUAAGUAAUUUGGAAGAAUUAAGCAUGUGUGAUGUUGCUGAGUAUUUAAAUUGAUAUUGGGAGUUGGAAUUUUAACUGCAAUGUAUGCUAUACUGUAUGUUGUUUAAAACAUUCUUAAAUAUUGCAGUCAGAACAUGGAUCCUGCUAGCAGUUGAAGGAUCACUUUCUAGGAAUAUGGUUUGCCAUGACAACUUGCAGACAUCUAUAAGAUAACCUUCAAAUUUUUAUGUAAAAAUCCAUAUGCUGAAAAAUAUUAUGGACAAUUUUUAUGUUAAUCCAUUUCCAAGUUGCUCUGGUGGUUGUUAACUGUUGUGAAUUAAUAUGACUUCAGUGAUUUGUAAAUAUAAUUUUCCUUGUGGGACAACAGUUUGUUUUGUACAAAAACAAAAAAAAAACACUACAAAGUAUAAUACUAAGGGAAUAGAAAUGCCAAAGAUGAUGAUGGUGGAAA